CUUUAAGUUCUUUCAAGCAAGUAGUGGGUUAGAGGUGGGCAUUUACGGGCCGCUGCUUCUUCGGUCUGCUUCGGACAAAGGAUUUAGCAGAUUGUUCUCAGUGUCCGAAAAUGUGGUCUGGGGAAAAGGCGAAUUCCAUUGCGACAAAAUGGUUCUGGGGGAUUGUGGCUAUGUUCUUUGUGGUUCUGUCUGUCGGACUGGCUUUAGCCCUGAUUGUCGUCACCAGGCAACGAGACGGUCUGCUGAAUGCGUCAUCGUCGUCCGCUAAAGUGUCCGUGAUCACGGAUGACGUUGCGCCCACGCUUUGCGGCUCUGUUAAUGCCAAUAACAAUGUGAUCAAUCUGACAGAGCCGGACAUUCCAGGUCCGUUUCACGACUUGACCGUGGAGGAAAUUAAAAAGCUCAGGAAAUUUCUAGAACAACGCCCAGAAACUAGAGCAGCCAGGCCAGGAACUGUAACUCUGUCCUCAAGCUUCAUUUUUGCUAUGGAUUUAAUGUUACCAAAGAAAUCAGAAGUCUUGGCUCGUCUGAAAAAAACUGGAGAUACAGAGUUACCUCGUUAUGCGAGAGUCAUAAUGAUACGGGGAGACAGGAUCCCACCAGUGGUGGAAGAGUUAAAGUGUGGACCUUUGCACAAUGUAGAAUCAUGUCGCCUACUGACAGUCAACGAUACAAGUGCUAGGAAUCCAGUUGAUUUCUCUCUCAGGCCACUCCUGUCAUUAGAGUUUGAUAGCAAUGGAGCUUUCAAAUAUUUACUUGACAAAAUCGACAAAGAGCUUGGAACCAUUUUAAUGGAAAAUUUAAAUGCAACAUUCCGAGGAUGUGAACUUCCUGAAGAUUGUUUGACUUUUGGUAUUUCACCGGUCAGUUCGCAGCUAGUCAACAGCACAUCAGAAAGACAGUUGUGGAUAGUUCCUCGCUAUAAACUCCAGUAUCCGUCGCUGCAUCCUACUGGGAUGGCGAUCCUGUGCCAUAUGAAAGAAGCUGACCCAAUGAAAUGGACUUUCAGCAAGGUCUGGUACGCUAACAAGAUCUUUAACUCAGCCACAGACUUGAACAGCGCUUACAGCACUGGAACCAUCGCUAAGGUCACAAUGACCAAACCCGUAAAAACAGAAAAUGUGUUUUCGACUGAACAUCGACGUGGGAAUCCUAUGCCCGAGAAACCGCAGCAGCCGCCAACUCAAGUUGAACCUGAUGGGAAAAGAUACUCGCUGAACAACAGGAGGGUGACCUAUUUGAACUGGGCAUUCAAUGUUCGCAUGUCAACAGUGAGUGGACCUGCAGUCUAUGACGUCCGUUUCAAGGGGGAGAGAAUAGCUUAUGAAAUAGCGUUGAAUGAGAUGGCCUCUUUUUAUUCUGGUUUCGCCCCUUGGAUGCAAGUCACUAACUAUGUAGUCAGUGGACUUAUGGUCGACCAACAGGUGCGGUCACUUGUUCCAGGAGCUGACUGUCCAGAGACAGCUACUCUAAUAAGCCAGCCUAUAUUGAACAUGCUUGGAGACUCAACCUCUGUAAACUACACCACGUUCUGUCUGUUUGAACACAAUAACGGCAUACCUCUCAGAAGACAUUUGUCCUACACAGUGGCCGAUGGUGGAUUCUAUGGUGGAAUGCUGGAUUCGGCCCUGGUCCUCAGAUCAGCUCUAACCAUUUCAAACGACGACUACAUUAUAGAUUUUAUUUUCCAUCAAAAUGGAGCAUUGGAAACUAAAGUUCUCACAACGGGUUACAUCCUAGGAAACGUUUACAGCGAAGCUGAGGGCCGUUACGGCUUCCGCAUAGGAGAAAACCUCCUGGGCAAUCUCCAUCAUCAGAUGUUUCACUUUAAGGUGGACCUUGACGUCGCUGGGACUCAGAAUAUGUACAAGACACUAGACAUCCAGAGAGAAGUUGUGGCGAGAUCAGACGACGCAAGUAAAGAUUGGGUGCAAAAUAAAAUAGUAUCUCAACUAAAGACAUCCGAGCUGGACGCUGUCCACUUGUAUAGCUUUGACCAGCCCAAAUAUCACAUUGUCUUCAAUAACUUCAGCCAGAACGCUUACAGUGAGAACAGGGGAUACAGAGUUCAAAUCGAUGGUAUGACCAAAAGUUUACUACCUGAGAAUGUCGGGAAUGAGAGAACCAUCCCGUGGUCAAGACACCAGAUGGUCGUCACCAAACACAAAGAUUCGGAGGUUCGAAGCAGUUCCAGCUACGCAGUGUACGACAGCGCUGCUCCAGUUGUGAACUUCUCAGACUUUUACCAAGACAAUGACUCGAUUGUGAACGAGGAUCUAGUUUUGUGGAUUACCUGUGGAACGUAUCACAUUCCACGUACUGAAGAUUUGCCCCUAAAGAGCAGCGUCGGGCCAAAGGUUGGGUUCACUUUACUGCCUUUCAAUUAUCACAACGAGUGCCCCUCUACGUCGUCACGUGAUGCAGUCUACAUCCAACACAGAAACCCAUUGGACCAUAGACAAGGAGUGGACAUUACACGAAACGGCAAUCGCAACGACCAAUGUCUUACACCAGAGUCUACGCUAGAGAAAGAUCUUCUCUCCAAUCCAGACCUAGUUCUUGAGACCAACCACCAAAAUCAUAAUUAUUAAUAUAUUCAAAUGUUAUUGCAAGUUUUCUAAUUCCAUUAAAAUUUAAAUAAUACUUGUUA